GACCCGAGCGCGACCGCGCGGCCGGCGGACCAGGGCUGGCUUGUGGGGAAACGAAACUGAGGGAGGAGGUGGAGGCUCUGGCUGUGGCAGGUCCAGGCCCGGCGGCGGCGGCGAUACGUCGGCCUGAUCCCCGCUCUCCGCUCCCUGGCAGCUCGCCCUCUCCCCUCUGCUAACAAUGAAGAGAACUCUCCCAGAAUGCAAUGCCCCCAUCAAGAAACAGAAAAAAAGAGUUGCAGAGCUUGCCCUGAACCUCAGCUCUACAUCAGACGAUGAACCUCCCUCCUCUGUCAAUCAUGCAGCAAAAGCAUCUUCUACAAGCCUAAGUGAGUCUGACAGUGAGACAGAGGGGAAGCCGCGUAGCUCUGACUGUUUUGAUGAUGCAUUCAAAGCAGACUCUCUGGUGGAGGGAACAUCUUCUCGUUACUCCAUGUAUAACAGUGUCUCCCAGAAGCUUAUGGCCAAAAUGGGCUUCAAGGAAGGUGAAGGAUUGGGAAAAUACAGCCAAGGUCGGAAGGACAUUGUUGAGGCUUCUAAUCAGAAAGGUCGAAGAGGCUUGGGUCUGACCCUGAGGGGCUUUGAUCAGGAGCUGAAUGUGGACUGGCGAGACGAACCAGAGCCCAGUGCCUGUGAGCAGGUGUCAUGGUUCCCAGAGUGCACCACUGAAAUUCCUGAUACUCAAGAAAUGAGUGAUUGGAUGGUUGUGGGAAAGAGAAAGAUGAUUAUUGAAGACGAAACAGAGUUUUGUGGAGAAGAGCUGCUUCACAGUAUGUUGCAGUGUAAGAGUGUGUUUGAUGUCCUGGAUGGGGAGGAGAUGCGGCGAGCUCGGACCCGGGCCAAUCCCUACGAGAUGAUCCGAGGAGUCUUCUUCCUUAACAGGGCAGCGAUGAAGAUGGCUAACAUGGAUUUUGUGUUUGAUCACAUGUUUACAAAUCCCCGGGACUCUUAUGGGAAGCCACUGGUGAAGGAUCGGGAAGCUGAGCUUCUGUACUUUGCUGACGUCUGUGCAGGCCCAGGCGGCUUCUCAGAGUAUGUGCUGUGGAGGAAGAAGUGGCAUGCAAAGGGCUUUGGGAUGACUCUGAAGGGCCCUAACGACUUCAAGCUGGAGGACUUCUACUCGGCCUCCAGUGAGCUCUUCGAGCCCUACUAUGGUGAGGGUGGGAUUGAUGGAGAUGGAGAUAUCACCCGCCCAGAGAACAUCAGUGCUUUUCGGAAUUUUGUCCUGGAUAACACAGAUCGCAAGGGUGUGCACUUUCUGAUGGCUGAUGGGGGUUUCUCAGUGGAGGGGCAAGAGAACCUGCAGGAGAUCCUCAGCAAGCAACUGCUGCUGUGUCAGUUCCUCAUGGCGCUAUCUGUUGUCCGGACAGGAGGCCACUUCAUUUGCAAAACCUUUGACCUCUUCACACCAUUCAGUGUGGGACUCAUUUACCUGCUCUACUGCUGCUUUGAACGAGUGUGUCUCUUCAAACCCAUUACCAGCCGUCCUGCCAACUCAGAGCGGUAUGUUGUGUGCAAGGGCCUGAAAGUGGGCAUAGAUGAAGUGCGGGAUUACCUCUUCUCGGUGAAUAUUAAACUCAACCAGCUGCGGAACACUGAUUCUGACGUCAACCUUGUGGUCCCUUUGACGGUGAUCAAGGGAGACCAUGAAUUUACUGACUACAUGAUCCGGUCUAAUGAGAGUCACUGUAGUCUGCAGAUCAAAGCUCUGGCCAAAAUCCAUGCCUUCGUUCAAGACACGACCCUGAGUGAGCCUCGACAGGCAGAGAUCCGAAAAGAUUGCCUCCGACUCUGGGGGAUCCCUGACCAGGCUAGAGUUGCUCCGUCUUCCUCAGACCCGAAAUCUAAGUUCUUCGAGCUAAUCCAGGGCACUGAGAUCGACAUCUUCAGCUACAAGCCCACGCUGCUUACCUCCAAAACCCUGGAGAAAAUCCGCCCUGUGCUCGACUACCGCUGCAUGGUGUCUGGCAGCCAGCAGAAGUUCCUCCUCGGCCUGGGGAAGUCCCAGAUCUACACGUGGGAUGGCCGUCAGUCAGACCGCUGGGUCAAGCUGGACCUGAAGACAGAGCUACCCCGGGAUACUCUGCUUUCUGUUGAAAUUGUGCAUGAGCUCAAAGGAGAGGGGAAGGCCCAGCGGAAGAUUAGUGCCAUCCACAUCCUUGAUGUCCUUGUGCUGAACGGCAGUGAUGUUCGGGAACAGCACUUCAAUCAGCGAAUCCAGCUUGCUGAGAAAUUUGUGAAGGCAGUUUCCAAGCCCAGUCGGCCUGACAUGAACCCCAUCAGAGUGAAGGAGGUAUACAGGCUGGAGGAGAUGGAGAAGAUUUUCCUCAGGUUAGAAAUGAAGAUCAUCAAGGGAUCCAGUGGCACUCCAAAGCUCAGCUACACAGGGCGAGACGACAGGCACUUUGUGCCCACAGGCCUGUACAUCGUCAGGACUGUGAAUGAGCCGUGGACUAUGGCAUGCAGCAAAAACUUCAAGAGGAAAUUCUUCUACAACAAGAAAACCAGGAACUCCACCUAUGAUCUUCCUGCAGAUGCCAUCGCCCCAUUUCACAUCUGCUACUAUGGCCGACUCUUCUGGGAGUGGGGGGAUGGCAUCCGUGUGCAUGACUCCCAGAAGCCCCAGGACCCAGACAAGCUAUCCAAGGAGGACGUCCUUUCCUUCAUCCAGAUGCACAGCGCCUGAGGGCCUUGGGGUGUUCCACCCCUGCUGAAUGCCCUGUCAUUCCCCACAACGGGGCACUCUGCACUUGGGGCUCCCAGCACUGGUUCCUUCUGCCUCUUGAAAGGGGACUGGGGGGAGCUAAGCCUGGCCUUGGGAGCAAAUAGCCGCCUCUCUCUGAGGAGCUCAGUCAGGGCCUUCAGAGGACACAUGUUCCUUCUGGGACACCAUCUGCCUGGGAAUUGUUUCCCCUACCAGGACUCAGCCUGAAGGAAGCUGCUCCUGAGGCAGGUUUGUGGUCAGUGCCCAGGGCACGUGGGGCUGGUGGAGGACGUGUUAGAGAGUAGCAGGCUUUGGGUUCUGCCGUUCUCUCCAGAGUCCUGUAGACUCAUUUUUCUGAGUUCCAUGCACUGCCUCUGAGGGUGGCCAGGCCCCUGCUUUGCCCAACUUUUAUUGGGCCAAUCCUGGGUGGGUGACGCCCACUGUCACGAGCUGGCCAGGAGCAGCUGUUGUACAAAUCAAAGUUUUGUUUCUUUGAACUUGCUCUGUUUUGAUGCCAAGUUGGAAGACUUUUUCAUCUCUUCCCCACACCCAUCCUGGCAUUCUUCCCAGCCUAGACCUCUGAUAGUCCCGGCAGGCCGGGAAGGAAGAGAGUGGGUCCGACGUCACUGACACCAUAUUGAGAUGCAGGCUGUGCUGUCUUUGGGACUGGUGUGACUGCCUCCUGGGGUUAGAGAGGCUUCCUGGGCCACUCGUUUUGAUCCAAAUGUUGGGCAGCUCAGAGGGCUGGAAGUAGCCUUGAAAACCUGCCUUUGCCUCUCCCCCAGUAGCAGUGGCCCCACCAGUAACAGGUACCUCUAGGGUCAGUACAGCACCAGCCCUCUGGCAGUCGCAUACUGCCUGUGCCCUAGCCACCCUAGGGUGUUGGCAGAGUUCUGAGCUGGAGGUAGCCACCCUUUCCUUUGUUUUUCCUUUCCAUCUGGAGGUACAGUCUGCUUUUGUCUGUCUCUCUGUGGUCACUCCAUUUCCUCUAUCUUGGCAGAGGGAGGAGGGGAAGCUGGGCAGCAGCUUUGGGUGGGGGAGGGCAUCUGUGGUUGUUUUUUAAUGGGAAAUACCUCUCAGAGAUGUUCAUGCAGGCUCCCUAGGGCCCCAUCCCAGUGCCAGGCUGGUUUCCAUGGAGAUAGGGCACUGAGGCUCCCGGCAGGUUGGAAUUGACUCCACCAUGGGGGUCCUUCAGCCAGCAUCCAGCCUCCCACCCCCCAGGCUGGCGGCAGCACCACUGAGAUGCUGUAUUUCCACCCAAUUCUGGGUAUAUCAGUGUGUCUUGCAGAAUCUUGGAUCAUUAAAGAUAAACAUAUUUUUAA